CGGCGGCGUGGGCAGGCGGCGGGAGGGGCCGAGCGUGUGUCGACGCAGGCAGGGGCCCCUGUUUAUUACAGCCUGGUGCGGGGCGACACAUCGCAGCUGGCGAGCUGGCAGUCCUCUCCUGAUAUCGGCAUUGCACACAUCAUCACUACUACUACGACCACCACCACCACCACCGCCACAGCAGCAGCAGCAAAGCACAGCCCGGCCCGGGGACCGAACACAGACGCACGGAGGAGAAAAGCAGCAGCAGGUUAACAAGAUGGUGGCGAAGCAGAGGAUUCGCAUGGCAAAUGAAAAGCACAGCAAAAACAUCACGCAAAGAGGCAACGUAGCCAAAAGCACGAGAAACGCUCAGGACGACAAAGUCUCCGUCGGACCCUGGUUGUUGGCGCUGUUCAUUUUUGUCGUCUGUGGGUCAGCGAUCUUCCAGAUUAUCCAGAGUAUCAGGAUGGGGAUGUAAACUGCAGUGACCAGGCCUCUGUCCUUCGAACCCGAGCAUUCCAGCCCCCGCCCCCCCCCCGAACACUGCACAGCUCCCGGCUGUCCUCAUCAUUCCCGUGAUCGUCAUUAUUCCCGUUCCAGCUCCCGGAGUCUGGGGUUCCUUUGGGCCCCUUUGUGUGGCUGACAGGUCUCCCCCCACCCGUGCCUUAAAUUGUGUAACGAAAGCCAUACGAUUUGUAAACUUCACAUUCCAGUCCGGGACCAUGAUCGAGUGUCAUAUGCUGUAGAUUCUGGGUUGCGUUGUGAUUGUGACGCAAAAGCUUUCUCCGCCCCGUUUGUACGACCUGCUUUGUUAAGACUUCUUCCCCUCCUGCUUUCUUUUGAUUCCUCUACAGUCCACCUGUGUCUGAUUUCCUCUUUAUUUUAAAAGAAGGAUAGUAUGUUUAAAAGAAUAACGAUGAUUUGCUUCUGGCGUCUGCCUGCGUCCACUCUGCUGGGCGCUGGGACGGGCACGGCUGCCGUACACACCACUGUCCGGAGCCCGGAGCACCUGCUGGGCCGGACGCCUCCCAGGGCGUUCCCGGAGUCCGAGACGCCGAGAACCACCCACGACUGCGGCUUGACUGGAAGCAAGUAGCAGUCCUGGUUUUUUCUUUCCUGUAGUAUUUAUACCUCUCCUGUGAUGUAGGCGAUCAACCGGAGGAUUUGAAUUGAAUGAAAGGGACAUCAAGACGGCAAAUGUUUGGCUUGCACUCUUUGUACAAUCUGCAAAAAAAAAAAAGAAGAAUUGUGUGUUUGUUGCCAUUUCAAGCCCCCAAAACAAAUAAAAGAUGAAAUUAAAACUGG